UCCUCGCUUGGCUGCUGGUGGACUUUGUAAACAGCCGCUCGAUCGAUCGGCCGGGGAGUGGGUUUGCGGCGAGAGCGCGAGGAAGCACCAGCCAUGUCGGCCGCCCUGGCCGUGGCCAAGGCCCAGGACGUGCCUAGCCGGGCGGAGCCCGAGGCUAUGGAAACAACUGAGGCCGGCCAGCCGCAGGAGGACCUCUACACAAAGCUGAAGACGCUACAGCGGCAGCUGGAAUUCCUGGAGAUCCAGGAGGAGUACAUCAAGGAGGAGCAGAAGAACCUGAAGAAUGAGCUGCUGCGAGCGCAGGAGGAGGUGAAGCGCAUCCAGGCGGUGCCGCUGGUGAUUGGGCAGUUUCUGGAGAUGGUGGACAACAACACGGGGAUUGUGGGCUCCACCACGGGAUCCAACUACUAUGUGCGCAUCCUUUCCACCCUCAACAGGGAGCUGCUGCGGCCCAGCGCAUCCGUGGCGCUGCACCGCCACUCCAACGCGCUAGUGGACAUCCUGCCGCCAGAGGCGGAUUCCACCAUCAGCGUGAUGAGCCAGACGGAGCGGCCGGAUGUGACGUACCAGGACAUUGGCGGCAUGGACAUCCAGAAGCAGGAGAUCAAGGAGGCGGUGGAGCUGCCGCUGGUGCAGGGCGACCUGUAUGAGCAGAUUGGCAUCGACCCGCCGCGCGGCGUGCUGCUCUACGGCCCGCCCGGCACUGGCAAGACCAUGCUGGCCAAGGCCGUGGCGCACCACACCACCGCCUCCUUCAUCCGCGUUGUGGGCUCCGAGUUUGUGCAGAAAUACCUUGGGGAGGGGCCGCGCAUGGUGCGUGACGUCUUCCGCCUGGCCAAGCAGAACGCCCCCUCCAUCAUUUUUGUGGACGAGGUGGACGCCAUUGCCACCGCACGCUUUGACGCGCAGACGGGCGCCGACAGGCGGGUGGAAGUGCAGCGCAUCCUCAUGGAGCUCCUCACGCAGAUGGACGGCUUCGAGCAGAGCACCAACGUCAAGGUCAUCAUGGCCACCAACCGCGCCGACACGCUGGACCCCGCGCUGCUGCGCCCCGGCCGCCUCGACCGCAAGAUCGAGUUCCCGCUGCCCGACCGCCGCCAGAAGCGGCUCGUGUUCCAGGCCUGCACCUCUGCCAUGAACCUGAGCGAGGAGGUGGACUUGGAGGACUAUGUGGCGCGACCCGACAAGAUCAACAACGCCGAGAUUGCGUCCAUCUGCCAGGCGAGGCGGUGGUGUGGGUGUGCGUGUGAGGCGGGCAUGCUGGCGGUGCGCAAGAACCGGUAUGUCAUCCUGCCAAAGGACUUUGAGAAGGCAUACAAGAAUGUGGUACGCAAGACCUCGGACUCCUUUGAGUUCUACAAGUGACUGCGCUGGAUGAGCAGCCCUGCAGCACUCAGCUUGCUGCGGCGCGCUGUAACAACACAGGAGCU